AUGGAAGAAGGUCAACUGGAAGCCUCAAAUCUUCCUCCAGAAGAUUGGCCUUCUGAAGUGACGGUGUCAGUGACAGGAGAACCACCUAAUACUUCUGUAGAAGAAAAGGAAGAAACAGACAAAGAAGCAGUCAUAGAAAUCAGCCCAGAAAUCAUGAAGCCGCUAUCCAUUCUAGACGUGCUGAGGAUCUCUGCAGUUCUGGAGGACACCACAGACCAGCUCUCCAUUCUAAACUAUAUCAUGCCAGUUCAGUAUGAAAAAAGACAAAGCAUCAGCAUGCUGGAUAACAAAGAAAUGCAUUCAGAAGGAAGAAGCUCAGAAAAAGUUCCACUGGCAUCAGAACCCUCAAAAAUAUCCAGUCCACUGGUACAUAAAGAAGAACCCAAGUUGCCAGAAAUCAGACAAGGGGGCCAGUUUAACAAAGUGCAAGAUCUUAUCUUCAAAAAACCCACAAGGCAGACCAUAAUGAACACAGAGACACUGAAGAAAAUUCAGAUUGAUAGGCAAUUUUUGAGUGAUGUAAUUACAGAAACUAUGGAGGAGUUGCAAGAAGAAGGCACUUUCACCAAUCUCCUGAAAGCUUUGGGCAAAGAGAGGGAAAGCAAAAUGCAUUUCUAUGAUAUCAUUGCCAGGGAGGAAAAUGGAAGAAAGAAGAUAAAAUCUCUUCAAAAACAGUUGCUUAAUGUCAAAAAAGAAAGGCAAGUUGAAGUACAGAAUCGGAAUGAAUAUAUUGCUCACCUCAAGGAUCAGUUGCAAGAGAUGAAGGCAAAAACCAACAUGGAGAAUCAUUAUAUGAAGAGAAACACAGAACUGCAGAUUUCCCAGACCCAGAAAAAAUGCAGCAAAACAGAAGAGCUCUUGCUGGAAGAGAUUGAGAAACUGCGGCUGAAAACUGAAGGAGAGAACCGGAUUCAUGCUGAGAUUGAACUGUUCCUUAGAAAGGAGCAGCAGAAGCUUGAGGAGAAGCUAGAGUUCUGGAUGGAGAAAUUUGAUAAGGACACAGAAAUGAAACAGAAUGAACUAAAUGCCCUCAAAUCUGCUAAGGCCAGUGACUUAGCACACCUUCAAGAACUUGCAAAGACGAUAAGGGAAUAUGAACAAGUCAUCAUUGAAGAUCGUAUAGAAAAGGAGAAGACCCGGAAGAAGAGAGAACAGGAUGACUUGGAAUUGAGGAGCAUCAUAAAGCUCCAGGCCUGGUGGCGAGGCACUGUGGUGCGGAGAGAAAUUGGUGGUUUCAAAAUGCCUAAGGACAAAGAUGACAGCAAGGAUGUAAAAGGCAAAGGCAAAGAGAAGGACAAGAGAAGAGGCAAGAAGUGA